AUGUUUUCCAGGACCUUCUCAGUACAAGCCAGCCCACGGUCAUGGAUAGCAUCGUGGGAAAUAUCGGUGCGACAAAUAGGUGCACGCGAGUUUGACGUUGCGCCUCGCUGUCGAGCUUAUCAUCGGAUGCUACAAUUUCAGUGUGUCUCCUUAAUGACGCGAGCUCAAUCGGCACUCAGGAUACGACACACACCUGUGAGCGCAUUGAUGGUUCAUAGGCGGCAGUUUACGCUCUCGAGAUUUCAGUACAAAGCGAAGGCUAUCUUCAACCCACGCAAAGAUGAUGAGGGGAACGAGAUGUCCCUCGAAAUCACACCGCGCGCCUCAAAGCGUCUAAAAGAGAUCAUGAUCCAAGAUGCAAAUCCGAAUCUAGCACUUCGUAUUCAAGUCGAAAAUGGCGGCUGCCAUGGCUUUCAGUAUCUAAUGUCCCUCACGACUAUUCCACAAAUCGAGGCUAUGGCCGGAAUGACUACAAGCCAGAACUCACAGAUCUUGGCGCCAUCACAAUCGCAGGCAUUACCACUGUCUAGUACAGGUCAGAGCUCAGACAUGCCUACACAUUUUCCCUCAGGCCAUGAUAAUAGGGAAUCAAGACAAGAAACACUCUUGGGGGAAGAUGAUACUAUAUUUAUUGCUCCCGAUGAUUCCAAUGCUAAAAUUAUCUUGGAUGGACCAAGUUUAGAAAUACUAGCAGGGAGCAAGGUUGACUACACUACGGAGUUGAUAGGGAGCCAAUUCAAAAUCAUUGACAACCCGCUGGCUACUAGUAGUUGCGGAUGUGGUACGAGUUUUGAUAUUGGAUGA